GUCGCCAUCGACGCCCCCCCGUCUCUCCUUGGGGUCUCGUCUUCUCGCGGGCUCGACGUCCUCUUGGACCUCCCUUCUUCGCCUUGGUCUCCAGUAUAACUUCCAUUCUUUUGGAUUCGAUUUGUCAGCAGCUAUAUUUAAUCCAUAGACUCCGCUCUGUUGUCUAGGUUACAGGGUUAUCGAGUACCGCCGCCCGCCGACGCAUGACCAAAAGCCCCAUGUCUUGAUUCUUCCGCUGUUAGCUUGUUUGCCACGGUCUCUUUGGGAUCGAGUACGUCAACUCACUCUUUUAUGCCUCAAGUAUGGCCCAAAAGAUCGAUUUCAACGCCCUCAGGGCGCGUACGAUGGGAUCGGGGAACGAUGAGGAGGCGGUCACUGUUGAUACACGAGGUCUCAUUUCGAAAGUCCUCGCACGGUAUUCGGGGAAAUGGACGGUCCUGCGAGAGAUGAUCCAAAAUGCGGCGGAUGCUAAUGCCACGAAAGUGACUAUCAAGUUCGAGACGCUGCCAUCGACGACGGUCCCACUGCCCUCGGCUGCCGACGACAGUACCUUGAUCAAGCAUACGAUAUCUAACCAUACCCUGAAACGCCUCUUGAUAUCCAACAACGGUACCCCAUUCAGUGAGAAGGAUUGGGGAAGAUUAAAGCGCAUCGCCGAUGGGAACCCCGACGAGACCAAAAUCGGAGCCUUCGGUGUUGGCUUUUACAGUGUAUUCGAUGAUUGCGAAGAGCCCUUCGUAUCAUCUGGGAAAGAAGCCAUGGCCUUCUAUUGGAAAGGGAACGCUCUUUUUACCCGUCGGCUGCAGCUGGACGAAGACGCAAACCCCGAGACCACAUUCGUUCUAGACUAUCGCAAUGAUACCUCACCGAUUCCCUCAUUGAUGCAACUGUGCCAAUUCUUAUCCAGCAGCCUUACUUUCGUAAGCCUUGAAGGUAUAGAACUGUGGCUGGAUGACUGGAACUUAUUGAGACUUUCGAAGAAGACUGCCCCAAGUGUCAACCUAAGCAUUCCGAGGGACAUCGAAACCAAAACACCACAAGGGUUGUUGAAGAUUCAAAAUGUCACACGGGAGGUUGCCCAAGUUGAUGCUUCGUGGAUGCGCGUUGUUGAAUGGAACCCAAAUGCAAGCAUUUUCCGUGAGGGACUCAGAGAUACAACUGGUUCUUUGCGUUCCUUCUUCUCUAAACUCACGGGCCAGAGCGGCCCAGAAAAGCCAGCGAAGCCUGAAAACAAAGACAAUUCCACUGACACUGGCGAAAUGACCAAGACUGAAACCGCCGCGGUAUUCCUACACAUCAACACCGCCAGUCUUCAGGCUUCCGUUAGCCAGUCUUUGAGCAGCGAACUUGAAAGAGCUACGCGCAAGCCUCCACCUAAGCGAUCCACUAUCGCUAUACUGACCCCUUCAUAUGACACGACCUUAGCUUCUGGGGCCUCUGGCCUACAAUCAGAGGUUCUCUCCUCUAUUUUGCCUUCUAAAGCUGGGAGAGUCUUCAUUGGCUUUCCAACCCACCAAACAACGGGCCUAAAUGCUCAUAUCUCUGCUCCCUCUGUCAUUCCUACAGUAGAGCGGGAGAGUAUCGAUCUCAACACCCGCUAUAUCAGCAAAUGGAAUCUGGAAAUGCUGAGGGCAGCGGGAAUUGUCUGUCGGAUUGCCUGGACUGCGGAAAUGGCAUCCAUCAAAGCAAGGAUAAUGUCUGGGAGAGAGUCGUCGAAGUCCACGAAAAUACGAAAGGAUGAUAUAGUUGGUGUGCUUCCUGAGGCUAUUCACACGGCGAACCAGUUCGUGUUCCGUGAAUCGACACCGUCAUCACUUUUAGGGCAAACCAUCGAGGAUGCAUUUUGGACGUGCAACAAAAGCUCUUCCAUUGAAGUUCUUUCAACCUGCGGUAUCAUCCAAAGUCAUCAGGCACGUCUUGCUCCGAAAGAUCUUAGUUUCAUGGAUUCUAUACCGGUUCUGCCGGAUGAGUUCGUGUCGGGUGCAAAAGACUUCGUCAAGAAGCUGACCGAUUUUGGAUUGGUCACCGAUAUCACGGUCUCCGACAUAAAGCGGGAACUGGAGACUAGCACACUACGAACCAAUCAGGUUAUUGAAUUCCUUGCCUGGCUAGGUCGAAGGGCUGCCACAGGCCAACUUGAUCUCUACUCAGUCCAAAGCCUUUUGAAUGUCGCGGUAGCGAAUGACGAAGAUGACAGUGGUCCUCAGACAAGACUCAUCGUCUUUGGUGGCAUCGACAGUUAUCUAAAUCCUCAAAAAAUACUGGUCAAUUUGCCUGUUCCACCAUCCGUGGCACCUUUCAAAUUCACAAAGUCUCUUGGAAAGCAGGAGUUAGAAGCUUUUGGUUGGACAGAAUAUCAGAUUGUUCCAUGGGUUCGCUGGCUGGUCAGCAAUGCUGGUAAUAGAAGCCUUCUCCCUGUGGAUCAAGAUAUCACACAGAGCCCCUCGUUCUCCGCACAAGUCUUGCCUGUUCUCUCCAAGCAAUGGGACUAUCUGAGCCAGCCAUCGAGACAAGCGGUGAUUAAUCAACUACAGCCACACACCGUCAUCCCGACUAAACUUGGAAUGAAACCUCCUGCAGAGACCUACUUCUCUUCGGUGAGGCUUUUUGAUGAUCUUCCAGUCAUCCAUGGUCUGAACGGAGUGAAGGAGAAGUUCCUGGGCGCGCUUGGUGUUCGUAAGACAGUCGAGCUCGGUGUCAUCUUCGAGCGCCUCCUCGAUACCGCGGAAUCACCAGAUGCCUCUAGCAACAACCAGAGGAAAUGGAGCCAUGUUGAGUUGAUCCGGUAUCUUGCUUCCGUUCGUGACGAUAUUCCCGCGAACGAUAUCAAGCGCCUCAAGAAUACCAGCUUGUGCACUGCCGAACCAAGCGAUGGUGGGAACGGCGACUUGAAGGCAGCGAAUCGCAAACGCUAUAAAAUUUUCGAACUGUUUGAGCCGAAAAGCUCACUCAGAGCUUUGGGGCUGCCUAUCAUUGAGUGGCCAGGUCAGUAUCAGCCUAGCAGUAACGAGGGAAAGUUCCUUUCUAAGUUGGGGCUGAGAAGUUUUCCUUUACCUCCUGAGCUAGUCCAGAUCAUGGCUAGAGCGGCGGCGGAUGGUAACUGGGUUCUUCAUACGAGAGCGAUGUCAUACUAUAUCGCCGAGUACCAUACGAGUGGCUAUGCGACGUUUGACUGCAAUGCAGUCGAUGUCCCGUUCCUGCCCACUGAAGGCUCGCAAGGCUUGGCUACCCCGAGCAAAUGUUAUACGGAUGAGGGCGCUACCUUGUUUGGUUUCACAAUCCUUCAAAGGGACCUCCAUCCUCAUGCUUCCAAGUUUGGAGUAAAACAACACCCCGCUUUGAGUGAAUGCAUCGAUUGUCUUAUUCGUCAGCCACCGUCUACAAAACGUGACGCAAGGGUGGUCUUCAAGUAUUUGGCCGGAAGAGUGUCGGAACUCAGUGCACGGGACAUAGAUCGCGUUGGGAAUGCGCAGGUAAUUCCUGUCUCGACUACACAGGAUGCGACGGAGAAGACGGUGCGUCGGGUGACGCCUAAACUCUGCUAUCUCGGAGAAGGAGAAGACUACAAAGACAUAUUCGACUUCGUCGACUUUGGCCAAGAAGCAAAUCUUUUCCUCAUGGCAGUUGGUUCCAAGAGAGAACCGACCAAGGUGGAAAUUGCGCGCAUGCUCGUCAAGGAACCAGCUAGGAUAUCGGCUACCUUCCAAAGUGCUGAUAAGUAUCUCAAACUACUGAGGACACUCGCUGAACAUGUUGCAACCCUUAGAAAGGACCGCGAACUCUUCCAGGAAAUGAAGAGGUCGGCGUUCCUGCUCGCCAGUCGGGAUAUCUCGUCCCUAGCGCAAGAGAAUGUCGCAAAGGAGAACUUGUCUGAUGAUGAAGAGGAAGAUCAAAGCAUCAAGGAAUGGACUUUGACUGUUGCGAAGGACGCCGUCGUGGUGGAUGAUUUCCAGAGCUUUAAUCUCUUCAAAGAGCAUGUGUUAGCCGCGCCUCAGGAGGAAUUACUAGAGAACUUCUAUCAGGCUCUAGGGGCACUGCCGUUGAGUGGGCUUGUCGAAGAGCGUGCUCACUGGGGUGCUGUAGCUGCCGACCAACGUCCAGCCGCCAAACUACAGAAGCUGAUCAAUGAACGCUCGAGACUGUUCCUGCAUGAUCAGUCUCCUGAUUUGAUACGGCAUGAAGUGCGGUGGCUAGAAAGGCAUUUGCAGGUGCAGGUGGUGCAAUCCAUUUCUCUCACCCGGUCUCUGAAGGGCCGUCGGAUCUCGCACACUCAGAAGCGAAGCGCAAUCAUCACACAACAAGCAAGGGACUGGAUCCUGUGGAUCUGUCCGGGCAAGUAUGAUCUCUACGAGAUUAGCCAGGCUCUUGUGCACCUCAUCCUUGUCCGGCCGAAGCUCCAUUCAACCCUUACGUUAGAGAUGCUGUUGAAGACAGACUUGUUGGAGCUUAAAGCUCGCGGGUACAAUGUGGAACGCAUUCUCAAGCAAAAGGCACACGAGGCUAGGAUGGCAGAGGAUAGACGGCAAAAGCAGUUGGAGGAAGAGCGACAACGUCUCCAGGAGAGAGAAGCUGCAUGGGCCAGAGAACAGGCCCAGGUGCAAGCACAAGCACAACCGCAACCGACGGAAGGUGAGCGCGAGCCACUAAUGCCGGGAGAUUUUCCAGACUCGCCCUCCGGCAAGAACGCCAGCCGUGAUGUCCAGGCCGAGGGUUCUGAUCAAGCGCAAGAUCGGCGGCCUCGCGGGUUCUUUGCCAACCUCUCCAAACGGUUUGGGCUCGAGGGCAAUCGCUCGCCUUGGAAUGGCCCCAACGGCGACUCGUCCCAGCCUUCUCUUCCUGGAUCCUCGGAGCAGGCCCCUCCUCCCCCGCCUUACUCUGCUGAAGAUCCUCAGAAGACUCGCUCGGAAGCGCCCGUCAAUGUUAAUUCUCCCCAUCGGCUUCAGAAUGAGCUGCUCUCGGCCAUCCAAGCCUGUCGACCUCACGGAUCAUCGGAUGUUUAUAGCCGACCCGAGACCAACCAAAUCACGGAGAAGAAGUCCUAUUGUGACGAAAAGCCCAGUCAUGAUCUUGAGUUUGUAGCGACUCUCGCCUGUGGGAUCAACGUGCUGGUUGUGAGGACGCUCCCGGACCGCAGUCAGUUCCUGGCCAAGAACAGCGUCGGUAUCAAUGUGUUUGCUUCGAUGCUGAUCGAGUGUGCCGCGAUCUUCUCGCUACGGUCCGACAUUCUCAGUGUCUUCUAUGACCCCGGCGGUAAGACGAUCGCCUUCAACCGGGCUGGCAGUGUCUUCUGUAACUACUUUUACUUCCAGCAACUGCACGAGAAACAGCUGCUCCAAACCCCCAACUCCGACCGUACGGACGCACUCGUCUACUGGUGGGUAAUCUUAUGCCACGAAUUGGCCCAUAACCUGGUGGAAGACCACAGCUCCGCCCACAGUUACUACACCGAAAGCUUUGUUGCACAAUACUUCCCGAAGAUUGCGGCUAAGCUGGCGAGCGCAGGGAGAAGUGCCUAGCCCCCCUACACUGUGUUGUCCGGGUUGUAAUAGGCGUUCCUAAUUGCAGAGCGGGGUGUAUCAGGUAGACGGCCAGGCGCCGGGAUGUAUAUAUGUGAUAGUUUGAAGUCAACCUUUCUAAACCAG